AUGGAUGGAACUAGGAAUGACACAGCUCCCAUAGAACUACAAGAUCCCUUGGUGCUUGUCUUAGCUCGUUGGGUAUUGGCUAGUAAUGGUAUCCUUGCAAACUCAUUUGUCAUAUUUGUGUUUGUCUACAACAAGACUUACAAGAAGUCUCUGUCACUCAAAUUACUUCUCCAUCAGACUAUAGUUGAUUUGAUCAGCUCUGUGAUGUUUUUGAUCUUCCACAACACCGAUGUUCCUGAUGGUACCAGAGGAACUCUUUUCUAUAAAAUGGAAUUUCUCUUCAAGUACAUGUCAGUAACCUCGACAUUUAAUUUUGUCAUGCUUACAAUUGAAUGCUAUAUUGCUGUCAUCCAUCCAUUAUUAUAUCGCCAGAAAUCUUUGCAUAGAAAAAUAACAUACCUGUCACUCGCUAUCCCCCAUGUAUGCGGUAUAAUUUUAACGUUAUAUGUUGCUAUUAAUGUUGAAAAAAACCCAAAUGUGACCUAUUGUACAGGUAAUGAGGUAAAAACUGUAGCUGCUGUAUUGUUAAUUACUGUUUACUGGAUGGUACCGAUUUCCAUUAUGCUGUACUGUUAUAUACAGAUGUUGUUGAAAUUACACAAAACAAGCAGAGUAAGCCAGCAACCUUCAUCUCGACCUAAGGACAGCCGACAAAUUUAUCGGGUCAAGUCGGAUCUGUUGACUACACUCAUCCUCAUUGCGUUUGUUUACAUUCUUACAAUAACUCCAAGCAGUGUUUUUCUGUUGAUUCACUUUAUAUACCAUAGAUAUAAUUUUACUUAUGAGUUGAGUAUGUUAUUUCUGGAGUUAAAUCUUUCCAUGAAUCCAUUUAUCUACUGUGUCACAUGCAAAGAUUUUCAACGGGGAGUUUGCAAGAUCAAACGUUACAUAUUCCAGGACUUCCCAAAGCCAGUACUGGUCAUGUGA